CGUUUCAUCACCUUCAAAGCGUAUACUUCAUUGUUCCUUAGUUCUCCACUGGAUCAUAAGCGUUUUCUUCUGUUACUUCAGAGGAAUCUUCUCUGGAAGAUCAAACGGUGUCAAUUUCACGCAACUCCAAUAGCGUAUCGAAAGAAGAACAGGAAGGGUAAAGGAGAUGACGGGCCAAAAAUAAUAAAACCGAUCUACGAGAAAUCACCUAAACCAAUUCUGGAGCCCUCGUGUAAGAACGCUAUAGUGAUCGGUGGGUCUGAAGGUUUUGGUUUUGCAGCGGCUGAUCAUCUCUUGUGCAAAGGAGCGCGCAUCGUCGUAGUAGCUGACGAUGAUCCUAUUGAAGGAAAAGUCGCAGUAAAAAAGCUAUGCGAUUCUUACGGAAAAAAUCGCGCUCUGUUUGUUCAUUAUGACAUUAAAAGUGAUUGUCACAUUCAAGCUGGUUUGACAAACUCUCUCUGCAAGCUUGGAGUGAUUCACAUUCUUUUCAACAACCUCGAUAAAGAACGACUACCAUUAAAGUGUCCAACGUCGACUUUGAAACAAAACAUUACGACUGAAACGAUUCAAAUAGGAUUGGAGCUUUUAGGAAAGGAUCAAGGUGGCUCUAAAGGGAUAAUAAUAAAUUGCGCGAGUAUUUUUGGUUUCAUGGGAUGGCCUCAAGAUCCAUUUCCGGUUUAUUGCAAGAAAGAACCAGUUAUAGAAGUGACGAGAGAUUUCGCGAAAAAUUAUAAGGGGCAAGAAAAGGAUGUUCGUGUUGUGGCCCUUUGUCCAACGACCAAAUGUUUCUCCAAUAUUGGAUUACCAGAUUUCCCAGAACCUAUCCCAAAUAAAACAAUGAACGAAAUGCCAAUUUGUAUACCGCAUUCCAAGUAUCACAUAGGAACUGCUUUGAGCUACAUACUAGCGUGGGCAAAGAACGGGAGUGCAUGGCUUGUAGAACCAGCGAUCAGUGUCCAUCAAAUUCCUCGAUUAAUUCACUUCCCGGAGAAAGAAGGUGAACGAGUCGACUCUAAAGUCUAUGAGGCACAACCUUGUCCAGUGAAAUUAGAAGUACCAUGCGUCAAACCUGGGGUGUGUGUACCCGGAGAAAAACAAAUGUGUGCAAAAAAGAAGUGGAAAGAUGGUGAUAAAAAAUGACCUCUUCCAACGACCUUCGCGUACGCAGUUGUGCACGGGGCUUUAAGCUUGCACAACCCUCGCUACGCGUACUAUAGACGGAAGAUAAGAGUUAGAUUUCAUUUGGAUUUGACCAAUCAAUACCGACCUAUGCGCUGCCACAGACGCACAACUACGAGGGUUGUCCAAAAAGUACUACCCGUUUACAUCCAGAAGCCAUGUAAAACGAUGAAAUGCACUUACCAAAGGUCAUCCAGCUUCAUUCGUGUAUUGGCAUGAGUCAUAUAAAAUUUUCUGUUUAAAUAUUGAAUAUCGUCGUUCAUAUUUGUAUC